AAAUAAAAUCAUCAUCAAAUAUGUAAAAGUCAACGAAACCGAAGCAUUUAUUUAGUGUGAAUAAAAUAUUAAAAUAUAUAAACAACAACGAACACGCCCAAUGUCAAUUAUUUAGAUGAAUGUGUUACCAGUUGACAUUGAACGUGAUCUGGAGCGCUCUUGUUGUUUUUUUAUUCGUUCUCCUAUAAAAGCCCGGGGGCAACUGAUUUCAAGCUCAAAUUAUAUUUCUCGCACUCGCUGUUACCAUGAAAUCUUUAUUCGUAAAGUUCGUCGUGUUAUUUUUAGUACUUACGAGAUCGAGCUGUGUUCCGGGAAGAUUAGGUACUAUCGAUCAAUAUCUUCCGGAAUUUACGGAUACCGAUGAUCAGUCAUAUACGACUACUCCGACUGAGUCUGACGAAAAAACGGACGAUUAUAUUUGGGACUACCAUGCGGAUGAUAAUACCGACGCGACCCCGAACCACAUACCUUUGAAAAAAUUAGUGGAUCAUAUCGAAUUGCUCGCCGGACAGGAUGGUACUACCAAAGGGCAGUACGUGUACACUGACAAGGCAGGCCGUUCUGUUACCAUCGUGUACGUUGCUGGUCUUUCGUCAUCGCUUGCGGCGUACAUUCAUGCCGAAUGAAUACAUGGUUUAUUUGUCGUUGUGUUUAAUUUGGUUUUUUUGAUUUUAACAUAGAAUAUGUUUUAUGUUUCGGAGCAUUAUCUGUCAAAAUCGACGUCGAAAACUGUUUAAAAAAAUGCUCAAUCGGAAACCGUUUGUUGUACCUACAUGAUGGUAAUUAAAUUUGACUUGAUGACGAUUUUCACCGAAAAACAUAUUCUAUGUACGAUAAAUAUUAUAUGUAGUCGGAACGACAGAAAUAAUUAGAUUUUGUUAUAUAUUUUAUAAAGUUAUUUUAUUUAUUUUUUUUUUUAACGUGGACUAGUCUUUAAUAAAAUAUAAAAACAAAUCGAUUGAAGAACAAUA